UUUUCGACUAGCCAUCGACGUCGAUGUUCGGGGACAAGGCACUUCGCUCUCAUCGGUCUGAUCCGUGAUGAUGAGCCAACCCCUCUCGAAUGACGCAGUGCCAGUUCAGAUACAAUCCGUCGACGAAACUCUUUUUGGACCGCGUAUAUCAGCCAGCCCGAUCCUCAUCCCCAAACUGAUACCAAUAAACCUCAUCAGAGCCACAUCUGCCUCACCACAAUGGGACGAGUCAGUGUAGAAUCCGAGACCGCAUUUGCGCAUCCGCCAGACAGAAUCUACGACUUCGUUAGCAACCCCGCAAACUGGGGACGCACCUACAAAGGCAGCUGCGGCGUGCACCAACAUCUCGAACUUCCUUUGAAAGUCGGUGAUGCCUGGACGGAAAAAGUGAAUCUACCCCCUAAUACAUAUUCGACGACAUGGACGCUCAUCACUGCCAUACGACCUAGAAAAUGGGUCUUUCAACAGGUCAACAGGGUUGGGAUGCUUGAGGAUGGCAGUGGUGGUGUGGAUGGGAUGGUCACAAUAUCGUAUACUUUCGAGACACCUGGGCAAGGUGUGACGUUGUUUACGAGAAAUUUGACAAUCGAGUUGCCAAAGGGUGUUGGGAUGCCUGAUGAUCUUUUGACUGUUUGUUGUCGUCCUGAUGGUAUUGAUCGUUAUCAUGCUGCUGUGGGGAAGGAGUUGGACGAGCAGUUCGGAUGUGGGGUUGAGGCUCAAGCAUGACUCUGUGAUGACGGCGAGUGGCCCACUGAUAAUGAUGAGGGUCGGCGAGGGACAGUUGAACUCGAGACUCGAAGUCCAGCCCUCCAGAGGUAGAAAAAGAUCAUGGCAAGUUCAGAUG